CUCCUUUUCCUUGUUCACUCUACCUAAAUGAUACCCAAAGGGACUAUUUAAAGUGGUCUAUAAGAUAAAGUAUAUGUCAGUCAAGAAAAUCAGUGAAAUUGUCCAGUUGCCUUACUGAAGAAACGUUUAAUACAAUGAAGCACGAAUGCUCAAAUUGCCAUGUUUGGAGUAAUUGUUACAGGAAACUUACUCCUAAACUGUAUGAUUAUGCAGCGGAAAGGAGAAUAAAAUUGGAUAAAAGCUGUUCCUACAUUUGUAAUACCUGCUAUUGCCGACUUUAUCGCAUUAUCAAGAAAGGAAACGAGCCAGCAGCUCCAAGUGCAGUUAAUAUAGAAUGUGAAAAUCAAGAACUCACCGUUUCUGAACCAUCGAAACUUGAUGAUCUCGCCGUUGCCGGACCAUCAGGCACCAAUAAUUUCGCCGUGGCGGGACCAUCUAGAGUGAACAAUUUCGCCGCACCAGCAAACAUCAAUAAUGGUGGUUUCGAAAUAAUCGAUCCCAAUGCCGCUGGAUCAUCGGAAAUUGACGCUGUUCCUAGUGUUGAAUCUUUGUUUUCUUUGGAAUCAACGAGUGCUGAAUCAAUUGGUAGCGCUGGUGCCCAGAAACCCGGAGACGGUCAGGAAAUUCUUCAACAAAUGAAGGCAAAAUUUGAUGAAAUAUCUGACAGAAACGAUCGAUAUAGGAUUCUAACUUCCCUUCCCAAAUCCUGGACUGCAUACAAAAUGAUGCAAGAAUUCGGUAUUUCGCAACGAACUGCUCAACGUGCAAAGAAAUUACAGAUUGAAAAAGGUUUUAUGAGCACACCGGAGACCAGAGUAAAUAUGUUGUCUUUGAGCGGUGAUACUGUAACUGUAGUUAGGGACUUUUAUAAUAGUGACGAGAUAAGCAGAGCAUGUCCUGGGAAAAGGGAUUUCGUUAUUGAAAAUAUGGCAGGAGAAAAAGUGCAUGUACAGCGCAGGUUACUUUUAUGUAACCUUCGUGAAAUUUAUUCAAUUUUCAAAGAGCAAUAUUUUACUUUUAAAAUUGGAUUUUCAAUGUUUUCCAGCAGCCGCCCAAAAAUUGUAUUCUAGCUGGUUCAAGUGGAACGCAUACUGUCUGCGUAUGCAUUUAUCAUCAGAAUGUUAAAUUAAUGUUUAAAACCCUUAAGGACAAGAAACUUAUUCAUAACCAUUUAAAAACGUAUCAUGACUUGUUUUUUAAAAUACUUUGUGAAAAUCCUACAGAGAAAUGUUGGUUGAAAACCUGUGUUCAUUGCCCGGGUAC